GUUUGGCGCCGGAUAUCGGCGUAAUGUAUACCCGCGAAUUUUUUCGAGAUAGAACAUUGUUCAGAGGCAUACAGCGGGCUUUUUAUCGACGGCAGUCGACAUCUUGCAGUACAGUCUGCACUCCAGCACAUCAACUUGGGAAGAUCGGAGUUGACCUUAUUGUGUUCCACGGUCAUCCGCAUUCACCAUGGAGUUGCAGGCCCCCUCUGUGCUGGCGCAAUUGCCUCGUCCGCUGCAGGGUUCGACAGGCAAAACCCAGAUCGGUGAGGUCUAUAGCUUGUCCGACGCGAGGAAAAGAAAGAGAUAUGAGGUGGCCGUGGCUGUGGAUGGCGAAGCGCUGAACAUCUAUAAUGUCCAAACACCCAAGCUCGUUACUUCCUACGCAGUCCCGCCGCAGUCGUCGUUUUCUUGUCGCCCAUGCUCCGUGCGCAGGAAGCUCACGCACAAGUCCACAGUCAUCAGACAGACUUACUGUGCAGUAGAACGUCCGGAGAAGCAGAUCAAGGCUUUCUUCGAGGAGUCGGGAGCCACAGCGACGAGCGCGCCUAACAUCUCUUCGUCCUCGUUCACUCUGAAAGAUUCGAAGAGCCCCACAGUAUUCCUGGGCAUUUUUCCAGCAGCUUCAGACGAAGGAAGUGAAGAGGAAGACUCGUUCGAUGUUCUGGCCGUACACAAAGAUGGACGUGUGCGGAGACUUUCGCCGGAUCUCAAGACGGAACGCUGGAGCAUCAAGCAUAGCGAGAUUGCCAAGUCUUCCGCGGCUCGUGAAGUGUGUGCAGGCUUCCUGAUCGAAUUUGGGGAUGCAAAGAAAUCUCUUCUGAAGAGACGCCCUGAUCUGGCCGCUUUAGCGUCCGGUGAUAUAGUGGGUAACGGGGUUGAAGAACCCUCCGUGCUGCUCCUGGUUUCAUACCCCGCUGGGACCAACACGCUGUCGCUGGAAGAUGUAAAAAUCCAGAUAUUCUCAGUGCCAGCCCGUAUCCGUUCGGAUGCCCUAAGUCUGGACGAAAGCCAGAAGUUGCGACACCUCACGACCGCCAGUCUCCCUGCGGUCGAAGGUCUCGAAGGACUUGCCGUGGAGAAUUUGCAGUGGAACUUCCACUCUGGCUCUGCGGGUCUCAACCUCUCAUUCCAGAGGGGCUUCCUGAGCGUUGAUCUGUCCCAGUACACGCCCACUGUGACAUCCCAGUUCAUUCUGGAAGAUGAGAGAUUCUCGUCCGUCACUCGCAUAUCUCCGCAUAGUGUGAUUGGCGCCAGCCAGUCGAUGGUCGCCCUGUACGAUACGCAGUACCAGUCCAUACAGCGAAGCAUUGCGAUUGGUGAUGUCUUGUCUGAGGGCUCAUCGAAAAUCGACAUUAACAAGUCCCCGGUGGCCUUCGUGAGCUACUUUGCGAAACUGGGAAUCGCGGUUGCUACCAAGGGAAAUAAUCUGCUUGCUUUCGACCUGAGCUCGGCCCACACUGCUCCAGCACAGUCUCUCAAACGCCAGAGAGAUGGACUGCUGAUUGAUGCCAUUGGCCGCGGUCUCAAAUCCUCUGCUACGGUGUGGGAUACUACGGGGGCACACCAAGAAGAGCAUCUCGAGCUGUUGGGUCUGGAUGGACAAGAAGAGGUCGACAAGUGGAACAAACUAAGAAAGAGCUUGGAUCUCGCAUCGCAGAACAAGGACACAAAGGCCUUCGAUAAGGCUGUCAAGUCAUAUUUUGAUCUUACCGCUCCGGUGGAUCGCUUCAUCAACCCGGAAAAGAUAUUGCUUGUCUUGUCAAAACUAUUCUUCGCUCGUUCUGGCGAGAGUGAAGAUACCACCAAACUCGCAGUUUCAUUCUGGCCCAGCGAAACAUGCAAAUGGCUAAUCGACUCGGGCCGUCUAUCGAUGAACAACGUCGAGAUCGCCGUCCGCCGGUGCGCAAAGCCGCGUAUCCUUCCACCAUUCCCGAGCGGUUCAUUCGUUCGUUCUCUGGUGGACUUUGAUCCCUCUCUCAAGCUUCUCCUAUCAGUCCUCCAAGGACCGGUGAAGCUGAGCACCGACGAGUUGGCAGCCGCGCUGAAGAUGUUCAUCGAAGUCGUACGCACCCGCUUCGCCGCUCUUGAUGAGCCAGCCCGAGCUAUCACGAACGGACCACGGGACGAAGCCGAUGAGAUGGAAGGCGUUGAAGGUGCUUCUACCUCUCAACAAGUCACCCGCAGCCCCGAAUCUGCUCUGACGGACGCCUUCACGGGUCUGAAUCUCACCCUCAUCAAACUCCAUCUCCACGCUAUCCCCGACGUCAUCAAAUCUAUCCGUUCCACUCUCUCCAACACGGAGACCCUCUCCGUGAUCCAGCAUCUUCGCAUCUCCCUCGCGACAGGCGGUUACACCACACGCUUCACCGAGUCUCCUCCCAUCCCGCUCGCCACGCACCAAGUCUCUCCCUCCCUCACCCUCGACUCCAUCAUCGACCUCCUAUCCGCUUGCGUGGACGCCAUCGGGCCAUCCGGCUGGGUCUCCGCCGCCGGCUUCGCCAACGAACUCGACCUCAUCGGCGACAUGAAGACCGAAAUCUCCUUCGCCCUCGCCGGCGUCGAAGAAGCCAGCUACCUGAAAGGCAUCCUGCGCGAAUUCCUCCGCUACGCCUCCACGGUCGUCACCCCCAGCGUCCCCACCAACCUCGCCGGCGAAGAAAUCCCCCCAACUCCCGCACCGCGCGAGAAGCACGAACGCCUCAACGGCGCCGAGCUCAUCACCUACGCUCCUCCCGACGAAGAUGACCUCCUCGACCCCGAAGCUGGCGGCAAGAUGCUUCCCUUAUCCCUCAAAGCCACCCGACACGGCGACGUCAGUCGUAAGAAAGUCAAGAAAUCCACUGGCGAGGUCAAGACGCGGAGUAGUCGUGAGAUCGGCUACUUGCGCCGCAAAGCUAUGGGCAAGUAUGCUUUUGAGAGAUUGCUUGUGUAAGUUAAAAUAAAUCUAGGUCGAAAGAGGCAAAGAAGAAAGCAGAACAAUGCUACUUAUUACAUACAUACAUACUUCUACUUCUACAUUCAUGUCCAUUCUGAACAAAAGGGAGUUCACCUUCGUCUCAUUCCAUGUUGGAUUUAUUUAUUUUUUCUUUCCGAAAAGGGAACGGGGUACGAGAACCAACAAGUCCCAUCGGUGUUAUAUAGGGAGCUUUUUGUCACGAAAAAAAAAGUAAUUGUUAUAAACUAGUAACUAUAUUGUGU